UAUAGUCAGGUUUGGCUGGAUAGGUAAUUGUGGGUCUUUUAGCAUUGGACUCUGCUGUAGGUACAAUGUGGUGGGCAACGCUGCUGGGUUUGAUGGUCGUGCAGGGCGUCCAAGGGGAGGGGCCCUUCGAUUACACGAUCCACCAGUUCGAGGGACACUGCGACCCCGAUGGGAAGUGCACCUACACGUUACAGAUUCCUGCUCACGAAGCUUUGGAGAACCCCGGCGUCGUGGACAACAGAACGGCGUCGGCCAUUGUGUCUCAUCUUGAACGCCACGACCAUCAGAUUCUUCAGCUGCUGUCGUAUUUCGGGGGUAAUGACACUGGCUCAGACAUGAACAUUAUAGACGAACUGGAGGGUUUAAAGAAAAACAACCAAAGACUGGAGAACCUGGUCCAGGUGUUGGUUGGUGAGACUGCCUCGCUGCAGACUGAGAACCGCAACCUACAGACAGACUUGGAGAAUUUGAACAACAGUCUGGCUGGCAAGAUCGUUAUUGGAGGAGACUACUGCGCUUCCGCCCCAUGCAAGAACAGCGCCAUCUGCCAGAACCUCAACGACCGCUACAUCUGCGUCUGCCGCACCGGCUACACUGGACACAACUGUGAAACAGACAUCGACGAGUGUGAUGCGACCCCCUGUGAACAUGGCAACUGUACCGACAUGGUCGGGGACUUCCACUGCACCUGUCAAAAUGGAUUCACUGGUCGCAACUGCAGCAUCAAUAUUAACGAAUGCGCGGGCAAUCCUUGCGGCGAUGGCGGCCACUGCACAGAUCUGAUAGCCCGCUAUGUGUGUAUCUGUGAACCAGGCUUCUCCGGCUCCAGCUGUGAAAUCAAUAUCAACGAGUGCCUCUCUGGACCUUGCGUUAACGGAGGUUUCUGUCUGGAUGACAUCAACGGCUACUACUGCGCAUGUCCACCGGGUUUCAGCGGAGUCAAUUGUGAAGAAGAUUUCGACGAGUGUCUUGCUGCCAACCCAUGCGUGUACGGCGUGUGUGUCAACACCCACGGCAGCUACAGCUGCAACUGCACCUACCCCGAGAUCACCGGCAACUACUGUGAGGAGACUCCAGAAAAUAACUGCUGGGACCUCCGCAAGUAUCAGAACAUCACCGCUGACGGCGUGUACUCGAUGAAGGCCCCCGGCGGUGGCGAGGUCCUCGGCAACUGCGACAUGACCACUGACAACGGCGGUUGGACCAACUUCCUCAGGCGUGUUAGUGACCACGUGGACUUCAACCGGACGUGGAACGAGUACAGGCUCGGGUUCGGUAUCCUAUCAUCUGAUUACUGGUGGGGCAACGAGCUUCUCGAGGCCUUCCUGCAGCAGGAGCAGAUGGAGAUGCGAGUGGACUUGUACGACUGGGACGGCAACAGCGCCUACGCGUCCUACAACGCCUUCUCUCUGUCCAACGAAACGAGCUCCUACACAAUCCAUCUCGGAAAUUACACUGGUGAUGCGGGUGACCCUUUCAACUUCCCAUCGACCAGAUUCGCCCAGAACAACAUCCCCUUCUCAACCUGGGACCGCGACAACGACAACCACAGCAAGAACUGCGGCCUCAUGUACGGCAGCGGCUUCUGGUACAACCAGUGCUGGGCUGCCAACCCUACCGGCAAAUACUACAACCAAGGAUUCUACACCGCCCCUAUCCAUAAUGGCGUGGAGUGGUGGCCAUGGAAACGAGACCGGUAUUCGCUCCGGAAAGUGGAGAUGAAGUUCCGCCCCAUCGAUGCCAAAAUUUAGACGCCUGUCUUAAAUACAUAUUUCACUGUAACCAUGGUAAUAAAGCGUUUGCAACGGGUAAUGCAUGACAUAUACACUC